GUGAGAUCCGUUAUUUGCGGAAGUCGUGAAACCGGAGUCUGUGCGACACGUUUUUACCCAAAGUGUUGCUUUGCCCCGUAAAUUAUUUACGACCACGCACUUUAGUUUAUUACAUUAUUGCGUAGUGUCUCAAAUUGUAACUUCUGAACCUGUGUGUGUGUGUGUGUGUGUGUGUGUGUGUUUGUUUUUGUGGCCGUCCACAUGAGCAGCGACUGCGGGACAUGAAUCCACCAAAGAGGCUCCGCAUCAUCUCAGGUAGUGAAGCAUUGACACCGACAGGAGAGCAGCGGCGACAGGAGGAGGAGGAGGCAGCAGUGGAUGUGAGUAUUAUCAUGCCAGUGUACAAUGCCUCCUGCUGGUUGGAUGAAUGUCUGCAGGCCAUAUUAGAGCAAGACUUCACUGGAUCCAUGGAGCUGUCUGUCUUCGAUGAUGCAAGCACCGAUGACUCCAGGAAAGUGGUGGAGGGUUGGAGGGGGAAGCUGGAGGCGAGGGGCAUCUCACUGUUGAUGUCUCAUCACAACUCUGCCCAACCAAGAGGAGUGGGAUUUGCAAAGAAUAAGGCGAUAUCUCAGAGCUGUGGGAAAUACUUGUGCUUUCAGGAUGCGGAUGACGUCAUGUUGCCUCAAAGGGUGCGUCUGCAGUAUGAGAUGUCUCUCCUUCAACCAAUCUCUCUCAUUGGCUGCAGAGUCCGGCGUCUUCCAGAAGGAUCUACGGAGCGUUACACUCGCUGGAUCAACACAAUCACUCAGGAUCAGUUAAUGACACAGGUGUACACAUCUCAUGGCCCCACUGUUGUCAUGCCGACAUGGUUCUGCUCCAGGCACUGGUUCCUGAAGGUUGGACUGUUUGAUGAGGGAGGCAAGGGAGUCCCAGAGGAUCUGCUCUUCUUCUACCAGAGUCUUCGUCAGGGAGGGGGUCUGUCCAGGGUCAACCAGUGCUUGCUGGUCUACCGUUACCACGAGAACGCCGCCACACUCUCUGUAACUGAGGAAACCAUUUGGAAGCUGCGCGUGGACUUCCUGCAGGAGAGAGUACUCAGCCACUGGGAGACCUUCACCAUAUGGAAUGCUGGGAAACAGGGGCGAAAGCUGUACCGAUGCCUGAGUCCAGUGCAUCAGAAGAAAGUCAAAGCUUUCUGUGAUGUGGAUGAGAACAAGAUCCAGAAAGGAUUCUAUACAUAUGAAGAAUCCAAGGAAAUUCCUAAACCAAAAAUCCCAAUAGUGCACUACAAAGAUGCCUCCGCUCCCUUCAUCGUCUGUGUAAAACUGGACAUGACGGGAGGUGUCCUGGAGGAGAACCUUAACUCACUGCAGCUAAAGGAAGGAGAAGAUUACUACCAUUUCAACUGAGUGCCGAGUGACGAUGAGAGAGAGAGAGAAGAAACACACGAACUGAAAGGGCAGGGAAAGAGUGACGUGGACACUCGAACAGAGAUGUUUCUUUCUCUCAAAUGUCAAACUGGUCUCCUCAGCAAAUUAUCAAUCAAGUUCAAGGAAGUCUUUUUUUUGUGCUUUUGAAUAUAAACAUGUCCAUAAAAUAAGUUGGCCCAAUGCAGAUUAAGCCUAUCAAUUUCA